AGUUAGUGCAACUGCCACCUCAACAUCUCAUCUGCAUUUGGAACUACAUUACAUCUGCUCAUCGCUGCAAGGAAAUGCACAGUGGAAGGAACUGUACUAAUCUUCAGUGUUGCUUCCUUAAAUCCCUCUUUGCACAAACUUCAGCAUUCAAGGGGUUCAGGAGAAACCACCUUUCUUGAAAAAAAGAAAACCCUGUUUCCUGCCUGGCUCGGUUUGUGAAGUACAGUUCCAGAGUCUUUGAGAAAGCAGAACACAUGAGCAUGGAGGAUUAUGACUAUUAUGCAUACAUCAAUGCCACAUCUGAAGAAUACUAUGCUCAUGAAAUGCGUUCAGAGCUUUACAGAAUUUUCAUAGUCUGCUUAUACUCAAUUGCCUGCAUCUUUGGAAUACCAGGAAAUGCUUUGGUACUUACCAUUCUUAUCUUCUGUGAGAAAGUGAAGGUGCCAACUGACAUCUUUUUAGUGAGCUUGGCUGUAGCAGACUUAUUAUUCCUUUGUACCCUCCCAUUCUGGGCCUAUUCUGCUGCCAAGGAAUGGAUUUUUGGUACUUUGUCAUGUAAAAUCAUCCGAGGCCUUUAUAGUAUGAAUCUGUAUGGUUCCAUGUUGACCCUUACUUGCAUAACUAUCGACAGGUAUUUUGCUAUUGUCCAAGCCACUAAAGCCCACAUCAGUCAAGCCAAAAGAAAAGUCUGGGGUACUGUAUUCUGCAUUGUGGUUUGGGUGGUUUCUCUGGCAUUUGCUCUGCCACAAUUAAUAUUUAGCAUCCAGGAAAAGCUUGACAAAGAAAUAUGCUACACAGCAUAUUCUUCACACAAUACGAAGCUGCUCAUAAAUAUAAUUCAGGUGUUACUUGGAUUCUUCUGCCCUAUGCUGGUCAUGGUUAUAUGCUAUUCUAUCAUUGUACAUACUUUAUGCCAUGCUAGAGGAUUCCACAAACACAAGUCCUUACAAAUAAUAUUUGCUAUUGUCGUGACAUUCAUUUUUACACAGACACCCUACAACUUACUGAAACUCUUUCGUACCAUAAACAAGGAAUCUCUUCUGGAUUACAGUUCUGACUAUGUCUUCUUCAUAACGGAAGCAAUUGCUUAUUUCCACAGCUGUCUAAACCCUGUUCUCUAUUUCUUUAUUGGUGCAAAGUUUAGGAAAAACUUGGCCAAGAUUCUUAAAAACAUGAGAUGUGCUAAACACCAUCAAAUCAUGAAGCAAUGGCAAACCACUGAUGAGGAUGGCUCAAAAACUGGUAUUGCCACCAAUAAUGUAGAAGAAACAAGCAUGUAUCCAUUGUAAGAGCAUCCUGUAGCACAUUCAUGAAUAUUUUCAGUUUGGUGUUAUUUCUUUCAGCCUGCAGUCAUGAAAGGCAAUGCCAUGAGCUGUAUCAUCUUCUCAAUAUAGCCAUAGUCUGUAUAAGCUUGGUGGAAGCUUCCUGGCAAAAAGUUUCGAAGAAGUGUAUUGUCACCCCAGUUCUUAUGCUAUGGGCAGCUUCUGAGAAAAGACUUAAUUGUGUAAAUUUAUGCUGCACUUCUAGAACAGACCCAGCAAGGAAUUCUAAGGUGAAACUUAACAAUAAGCUUUUAACAUGUAAUCCAAAACUGAUCAUGAUAGAACAGGCUGGACAGGAGAUCAAACAGCUUUCUAAGAUAAUGUUUUGGGCUUUCUAUAUAAGAAAUUGCAAAUACUGUUCAACUUGUCUUUGCUUACAGUGUAUACAUUAAAUCUUGAAUUUUCUGGAGAAUGAAA